UUACGGAGGGAACUGUAUAAUCUUUCGGAAACUUUGAUCAUUAUCAAAACUCUGUUUAUUUAUUAAUUAAUUUAUUAUUAAUUUUCAUAAAUAAAUACACCUAAUAAAGAAAAAAAAAAAAAAAAAAACCAAAAAAACAACAUAGAGGCGGUGAUAUUAUAAAAACCCAAGUGCAAUUUACACCCUAAAAUUCACACUUUUUGCUUGCAAUUUGGGUACAAUCGAAGAUCAUUUUAUUUGUGGAAAUACCCAUCAAAUAAUUUUAAUAUUGGUGGAUGGUAGACAAGUUAAUGGGGGAUAGUAUAACGGAAAGUAGGGGUCAGAAACGAAUAGAAAUGGCGGAAGAUUUGCCUGCAGAUAAGCGGGCAUGUAGUUCGCUGGAGUUUAGACCGAGUUCGUCGACUGUAACCCCUGAAACAAUUGUUAAUGCGACGAGUACAGCAUUUGAGAUGCGUGUUGGUGAUAUGGAAACUUCAUCUUCAUCUGCAGCUUCAGCCUCUGGACAUUCUGAGGGUGAUGGUGAGAGGGAUUCUCCAUAUGGGUCAUGUGAUUCUGAUGAUAUGGAGGAUGAUGAUGAUGAUCGAUAUAGCAGUCUUCGUGAGCUUCAACGUAGUCGAUCACAGAGUGAUAGUGCCAAAUUUGAUGGGAUUGUUUCUUGUUUGAGUAAUGAUGCUGAGCCUUCAGGACAAUUAGCUGCUUUAACUGAACUUUGCGAACUUCUUUCGUUUUGUACUGAAGAUUCAAUAUCAAGCUUGAUAGCUGAUCGAUUUACUUCUGCUCUUGUAAAGUUGGCAAAGCAUGAGAACAGCCCAGAUAUUAUGCUUUUGUCUAUCAGGGCUUUAACUUAUUUAUGUGAUGUUUACCCACGUUCUUCUAGUUUACUUGUCAGGCAUGAAGCAGUUCCUACUUUGUGUGAGAGACUGUUGAUCAUUGAUUAUCUUGAUGUAGCUGAACAAUGCUUACAAGCAUUGGAGAAAAUUUCCCGUGAUCAGCCACUUCCAUGCCUACAAUCUGGGGCAAUAACAGCUGUUUUAGGUUAUAUAGAUUUCUUUUCUACUACCGUCCAGAGAACUGCACUACGCACUGUUGUCAAUAUAUGUAAGAAGCUCCCAUCUGAAUGUCCUUCACCUGUCAUGGAGGCAGUUCCUAGAUUGUGUAUGCUUUUGCAGUAUGAAGAUCAGCAGCUGGUAGAGCUUGUAGCCAUUUGCUUGAUCAAAGUAGGAGAUUGUGUGAAGGACUCUCUGGGGAUGUUGAGUGAGCUUUAUGGUCAUGGACUCAUUAAUCAAGUCAUUCAUCUCAUAGACUUGAAUAGUCGAAUCACUUUAAGCCAACCUACAUACACCGGUCUUGUUGGACUAGUUGCCAAAAUUGCAUCUAGAUCAGCUGAUGCUGUAAGAACUCUUUUUGAGCUUAACAUUGGAAGAAUUGUAAAGGAUGUUUUGUCAAAUUCUGACAAUUCUCGUGUAACUCCUUCCCCUCGUACAAAAGACAGCAAUUGCUCUCUGGUGCAUGAAGUUCUGAAGUUGCUGCAUGGGCUGCUUCCUGAAGUAGUCAGAGAUAAGAAGGAAGAACUCUUGUCGAGCACAGACAGAAUAUUGUUGGAUCAGCCUGAUAUAAUGCAGGAGUUUGGGACAGAUAUUCUUCCUACUUUGGUCCAGGUAGUUAGCUCUGGUGCUAAUCUGUAUGUCUGCUAUGGAUGCCUUUCAGUUAUCAGUAGAUUAUUUUACUAUAGCAAACCCGAGACUCUUCUCAAAUUAUUUGGGAGUAUUAACAUUGCAAGCUUUUUGGCAGGAAUUUUCACUCGAAAUGAUCAUCAUGUUCUGGUAUUAGCUCUACAGAUUGCAGACACUGUCCUGGAAAAACUUUCUAAUGUCUUAAUGCAAUCUUUUAUCAAAGAAGGUGUUCUAUUUGCAAUUGAUAACCUUCUCAUGCCAGAUAGUUGUUCACAGCAAACUUUUCCCAUGACUGGCAGUAGCCAAAGUAAAAAGAUUGCUGUGAAGGAGGUUGUGGGGUGCUUAUGCUAUAUCUAUCAUACCAGAAAGUCACAGUCCACUAUCGAUUCUGAAAAAUGCAAGGCUAACAAAGAAUCUGUUAUCAGCCUGGCUGAGCAUCUGAAGACGAAUUACUUCUCUGUAGAACUACAUAGUUCUCAGAGCAUGGUGACUGAUUUACUUGAGGACCUUAGAAAUGCUUCUCAUACAAUGAAUGAUUUUCUAAACAUAUCCCUAGACAGGGAAGCUGGUGCUCAGAGGGAAGAGAGACUCUGCAGUAUUUUGGAUAAAGUCAUACUUCAACUUGGAGGGAAUGUACCUGUUUCAACAUUUGAGCUCAUAGAAAGUGGCAUUAUGAAGGCAUUAUUGAACUACCUAUCAAAUGGUCAGUUUUUAAGCAGCUCAUAUAUCUCUGAUGACCUAACGCAAGCUUAUGGUGUACAAAAAAGAUUUGAGGCCUUUGCAAGAAUGUCUUUGUCAUCACCUGAUCCAACCUCACAAGAUUUACCAUUGUCUUUGCUUGUGAGAAAAUUACACCGUGCCCUUUCAACUGUAGAAACUAUGACUGUUAUGACAGGUUAUGCAACCAAGCAAAGAGGCUCUUAUGCAACUGUUCCUAAUGGACGCUCAACCGCGUAUCCAUCUCUCAAAGUUCGCUUUGUGAGGGGAGAAGAAGAAUUGUGCUUGGGUGACUACUUGAAAGAUGCUGUGACUGUUGAUCCUUUUUGCCUUGUGGAGGAAAUUGAACAAUAUCUACAGCCCAAAGUAGGCCAAACAAGAAAGGAAUCUUCAGAAGCUGGUACCCAGGCGUUCCUUGAAGCAAAAACUGAAUCUAAUCAAGCUCCUCUUAAUGCUGCCUCCCAUUCAUGCAAAGGUGUUAAACAUUUGGGAUCAGGGAGCACUUGCACUGUUACGCCUGAUUUGCAGGAAAAUGGUGAUGAUAAAUCUCAUAGCUCAGCUAUGGACAUAUCUGAUGUGGGGCAGACAAAGGUUAUUGGAGCAGAAGUGUCAAGUGAAGUUCAAUCUCUGUUUCAGGGAUCUCUAGAAGAGGAAAUUCCCUUACCAAAUGCAACUGAAAACCUAAUAGAAACUAGCUCUACCUGCCUAUGUGGUGAUAAUGAAAAUAGUAGGAAGGGCCUGUCUCAAGCAUCCUUCAACAAAGAGGAUAUUCCAUCAAAGUUGGCACUUUACCUCAAUGGAGAGUUGUUAGAAUCUUCAUCUACCCUAUACCAAGAAAUUCUUGAAAGACGGGUGAAUGGUUCAAAAUUGUGGACUAGUACACACACAAUAACGUAUAGGAGAGUAGCAGGUAAUGAGACAAGCAGUCUUAAGGAGUCUAGUAACAUGUAUGGCGAUGCUGCAAUAGAUAAAGUUUUGUUAUGCCGGCAAGUUAUGCCACUUUUCUCCAACAUAUUUUCUCAUGGACUUGGUUCUAAGCUGGGUUCAUCAAGUACUUCAAGUGAUAUAUUGUUGCUCCUCAGAUGUUUGGAAAUGAUGAACCGCUUUUCAUAUCAUUUGGUGUCUUAUGAAAGAAUGAAUGCUUUUGCUGAAGGUAAAAUAGACGAUUUGGAUGAGUUAAAAGUAGCACUUCCUAGACUGUCACAGUAUGAAUUUGUGAGCAGCAGAUUGACAGACAAAUUAGAACAACAGAUGCGGGAUCCCUCAUCAGUCCAUGUUGGAGCCAUGCCAUUGUGGUGUAGUCAGUUGAUUGCUAGAUGCCCAUUCUUAUUCAGCUUUGAGGCAAGAUGCAAGUUUUUUCAGUUGGCAGCAUUUGGUAAAGUGCAAAUCCCACCUAAUAUGUCAUCUCCUAGUGAUUCAAAUUCGUCUAGAGACAGGAGAGCUUCUGUUGGUAGUCCACCUCGUAAGAAGUUCCUGGUAUGUCGGGAACGUGUUUUGGAGUCAGCUGCUCAAAUGAUGGAUCUUUCUGCACAAAAGAAGGUAGUUAUUGAGGUGGAAUACAGUGAAGAAGUUGGUACAGGUCUCGGUCCAACACUGGAAUUUUACACAUUAGUAAGCCAUGAGUUUCAAAAGGCUGGCUUGGGUAUGUGGAGAGGUGAUUAUAUAUCAUCUACUAACAGUUGCAGGAAGCAGGAUUCUAGUUCCAGAGUGAUGGUAUCUACUUCUGGACUAUUUCCUCGCCCUUGGUCACAGACAUCAAGCGACAUAAAUGGGAUAGAGUUUUCUGAUGUUAUUAAAAAGUUUAAGCUCUUGGGACAAAUUGUUGGAAAAGCUCUUCAAGAUGGAAGAGUAUUGGAUAUUCCUUUCUCCGUAGCAUUUUAUAAACUUGUUUUAGGGAAGGAACUCUCUCUGUGUGAUAUUCAAUCGUUUGAUCCUGAUCUUGGAAGAAUUUUGCUGGAGUUUAAGGCUCUUGUUAACAGACAAAAAUGUGAAUCUGCAUGUGGGGAUAAUACUGCUCAUGUUGAUGGUUUGAGGUUCCGGUGUACAAAGAUUGAAGAUCUAUGUCUUGAUUAUACUCUCCCUGGUUACCCUGAAUAUGUCCUUUCAUCUGGGAUGGCUGACGUGAUGGUUAACAUCAACAAUCUGGAGGAGUAUAUUUCUUUUGUUUUGGAUGCUACAUUACAAACUGGAAUAUCUAGACAAGUGGAAGCUUUUAAAUCAGGAUUGAAUCAGGCAAUAUCUGAUAAGCAUCUUCAACUUUUUACUGAGGAGGAGCUUGAGCGUUUGCUUUGUGGAGAACACGAUUCUUGGCUUUCGGUUGACCUGUUUGAUCAUAUCAAGUUUGAUCAUGGAUAUACGGCUGGCAGCACUCCAAUCAUCAAUUUAUUGGAGGUUAUCAGUGAGUUCACCUAUGAGCAAAGACGUGCUUUUCUUCAGUUUGUGACUGGUGCACCCCGGCUACCCCCUGGUGGUUUGGCUGCCCUUAAUCCAAAGCUGACAAUCGUGCGCAAGCAUUCAAGCAACUUCCCUGAUGCAGACUUGCCUAGCGUCAUGACAUGUGCUAAUUAUCUGAAGCUACCACCAUAUUCUUCCAAGGAGAAUUUGAAAGAGAAGCUUUUAUAUGCCAUAACAGAAGGGCAAGGUUCAUUCCAUCUGUCAUAGCCUGAACAAAGAUAGGUACCUGCAUUGUGGAUUUGUAAUUACUAGGCUAGAUUAGAGGUUGCGCUGUACAUACAAGGAACCAAAAUGACAUGAUGGUGGAAGAAUAGCUGAUAAUGCCCAGCAAGAGAAAGAGAUGACCUCCAUUUCUGACUACACUGAACUUUGUAUAUAGCAGGUGCAUAUAUAUUCAGUCAGUUGUUUUAGCCUUUUAGGAGUUGUACAGGUAGGAGUUUAAGCGUUAUAGGUAUCUCUUUCUACGUCCUUUUUUCGAUCGUUGUGAAUUGAAUAUCAAUUCUAGUAAUUUCUAAUCAUGGAUAUGAAUAUAAGUAUGUAUAUAUUUAUUUAGUAAACUCUGUGUCAGUGGUUUCCCUGUGUUUAUAGUUUAUGGCUUUUGAACAUGGAAAUAUCUAGCUAUUUGCAUUUUUGGUUUCA